CCUAACCUAUUUCAUUCAAUUUAAAUUGAAUCGAGUUAUGUUAUUAUUAUUUAGUAUUAUUUUGAACGCGAAACGAGUGUGUUGUAUAUCUUUUCUUGGUUGAACAUUAUGGUUGAAUCGUAUUUGAAAAUUUUCUUGACUUCAUGUCUCUUGAUUCUACCGUUAUUGUAUAAAACUAGUCAUGUUUUUAGAUAUUACGCGAAGUUUUCUAUUUAUAUUUUAUUUUGCACAAUAAAUGCUGUUUAUCUUACACCUUUUUUCUGCUUGAGACCAAGGCAUAUUAGAAAUUUCUUAAUAGCAUCUCGACUAUGUAGCCCUGUCCGUUUAUUACUAGGAGUAAAAUACGAAUUGAGAAAUACACACUAUAUUGCAAAAGAUGAAGCUUUUAUCGUUGUCUCAAAUCAUCAAAGCAUAUUAGAUGUUUUAGGAAUGUUCCAUAUGUGGCCAAUUAUGCAGAAAUGUACCGUAAUUGCCCGAAAAGAAGUUUUCUACGUAUGGCCCUUCGGAUUAGGAGCGUGGUUAGCAGGGCUGGUUUUCAUUCCCAGAACCGACGUCGAGAAAUCCAAAGAAAUCAUGACAGAAACUUGUCAAAUGAUUAAGGACAAAAAGGCCAAACUUUGGAUAUACCCUGAAGGUAAACGAUACUCGGAUGGACAGAUACAUCCCUUCAAAAAAGGUGCCUUCCACUUAGCAAUAAGUGCACAAUUACCUAUAUUACCUGUGGUUUUUAAUCAGUAUACCUUCUUAAACCAUGAAAAGAAAAGUUUCGACCAAGGGACAGUCAUUAUGACCGUGCUACCCCCUAUACCAACUUGCGGAAAGACUUUGGAUGACUUGGACAGCAUUCUCAACGAAACACAUCAGAAAAUGAGUACCACUUUUCAUGAAAUAAAUAAAGAAUGUGAAAAAUCUAAAAAAUUCUAAUGUUGUAUAGAUUUUACUGUUAUGUAUUAUUUUGUUAUCGUUUAUAAUUUUUUAGAACUUCGUAUUCCCCAAGUAUUUUUUUUCUCUUCUGGAGAAUAUAUAUUAUGAUGGUUUUAAUUUUCAUAGUGCACAUACCACUAUUAUCCCAAACAGUAUUGUUGCAGUAAGAGUCAACUUCAGUAUUUUGAUAAACAGUUAUUAUUUUAAUUUUAUUUGAAUGUAUAUUCAUUCUAGGAUAUGUUUAUUUUGUUGUUCAAGCCAAAGAUUAGUUCAAAUUUACAGACAAGAAUAUAAAUAAACAUUGAAAUAUAUUUUAAUGGUUUAGGUCAGACUUUUUUAAUUUUGUCUCUCCAUAAUUAUUGAUCAAAUAGUUUGAAUUUGUAAGUGUGAAAUGUGUGGAAAGUGUUGUAAUUUGCCUAUAUUUUGAUAUUCUCACUUUUUGAAUUCAAUAAAUAUCCAUGGAAUACAA